AUGAUCGGGUUACUAGCCCUGACAUCCAUCCCGACGGUGACGGGCGUGGCAUUCGGAGUCAGCGAGCAGCGCAAGGCGAACCAGCGCAGAGAAGAUGCGCGGAGAAUGUGCAAGUUUAACAUCGACGCCGUCUGUUAUGGCGAUACAGACGAUGAUCGGGAUGUAAAUGGGCGGAGGCUAGUUGUUCGGAAUGACAAGGUUUACCUUGAUGAUCCCAACCCCCGCAACCGCGCCAUCCCCGCAUUCACCUCCCUAGCAUUCUACAUCGAAUACCCCGAGUUAGAAGAGACCAAACAUCUAGAUCGGGGACUCGGGUUACCGACCUACGUAUCGGCGGACCCACCACUUCUCAACUGGAUAUACGCGGACGUCGACACACACGAGUUGAAGUAUGGGAACCGGUCACAGAGCGUGGAGCAUGUUGUCGGGCCAUGGAAUUGGACCGAGGACGAGACGACAAUUAUACUGGAGAAUAAUGCUGCGUUUGUAGCGGUUGAAGAAGAGGAGGGGAUAUGGGCGCUUUACUUUGACCGAGAUGAGGAUGAGUUGGCAUCUGUUUUGGAGGAGCAGGGGAUGUUGGACUGUGCUUUUGUGCCUGUCAACCUUGUCAGACGACCUGCGGAGGAUCCCCCUGCUCCACCACAGCCACAGCCACAACCACAAAAGCAACAACAGCAGCAACAACAGCAGCAACAACAGCAGCAACAACAACAGCAGCAGCAACAACAGCAGCAGCAACAACAACAACAACAGCAGCAACAACAACAACAACAGCAGCAACAGGGGCAGGGGCAGGGCUCUGGGAAUGGGGAGCAGAAGGAAUAA